AUGAUUCCAAAUGUUGGAGAAGUUUUGUUCCAUUCUCCAUACCCUUUCCAAGUAUCAUAUAGGAUAAAAGUUCUUCUCGACUCAAUUCUUUGGCAAAGUAAUAUUGAAACAUUAGUCGUAGAUUCAACGCCGACUGCAAAUGGUGGUAUUAUCGCUAUCAAUAGACCAUUAUUAAGUGUUGAAGAAUUACAAUUACAAAAUGAACAACAACAACCUUUAUUACAACAACAACAACAACAGCAACAACAACAACAAAGAGGAGGAAAUAAUAAUAAUCCAAAAGAUUAUAGUAAAGAUGUAUUGGAUGUUUUAAAUAAAAUGAAGAAACAGAUUAACAAAUUUAGACAUGUUAGAUUAUUUAAAUUCCCAGAGAUUGAACCAUACAAGGCUAAAUUGGGGUCACCAAACUAUGACUUGACCAUAUUAGAAGCAUCUACAAACGAGUGUUACUUUAGCGAAGACGGUCAUUCGAAAUGGCAGUCUAGACGAUUGGUCAAUGUCGGAGGAUACCAAUACGCUACACAACAAGACUUUGUAGUUGGUCAAAACUACAACUUUCGUCUAAUGAUCAACGAUCCCGAUACUACAACUAGUUGUCGUACCAUUCAACUAAGAAUCUAUCGGGAUUAUACUGGUCUUCUUUCUAUCCCAGAAUUUAUUUGUAUCGAACAACAAGACAACAACAACGACGACGACAAUAAUGGUGACCAUGCUGGUGACCAACAACAACAACCAAAAGUUGUUAAACAAUUACAAGAUACAUUUAAAUUAAUGACAUAUAAUAUUUGGAAUUACAACAAACCAUGGAGAAUAAGAAGUAAACUCAUUACAGACAUUAUAAAGGAUCAUCAACCCGAUGUGAUUGCACUACAAGAACUUAGAUACAGUAAAUGGGAUGGUGAACAUUACAAAGAAUCACCAAAAUUAAUGGGUCAGGAACGUAAUCAAAUUCAACAUAUUGUAAACCUACUAUCAUUCCAUAAUCUCAAAUACAACUAUUAUUAUCUACCAUCGAUGAUUUAUAAUAAUGAAGUUGAUGGUCUUCAAAUGGAAGGAUUAGGAAUUCUUUCAAAACAUCCAAUUGUAAAGAUUGAAUCAACAAAAUUAACAAAUGAUCAUAUUGAUGAUACAACAGAUACACAUCAAAGAUCAUGUUUACUUGCAACUAUCAAUAUUGAUGGACGUCACUUGAAUGUACUUACAUCUCAUUUUUCAUUGUCCUUUCAAGGUGGACAAAGAAAUGCUUAUGAAAUUCACAAUUGGACAAAACAAUAUGAUGACGCACCCAAUAUUCUAGUUGGUGAUUUCAAUGCUGAACCCAACUCUCACCCAAUACAAUUUUUGACUGGUAAACAUUCUAUCAAAGAUAAUACUGGUGAUUUCAAGGAUAUGUAUGAUACUUACUGUCAAAGUAAUCCUGAUAAUUCAAUAUGUACCACCAAAGGUGGAAUUACUUAUCGCGAUGUUGGAGAUGUAUCAAUUGAAAAGAGAAUUGAUUUUAUAAUGGUAAAACAAUCUUCAAAAUCAACCACCACCAAUCAAAUAGAAUUAACCAACCUUGAAAGUGUUGGUGGUCAAAGAUUUGAUGAUAAUGGAAUACCUCUUUCCAUUUUCCCCUCUGAUCAUAGUGGUUUAGUUUCAACUUUUAAAUUCAUCUAA